CCGCACCCGUAGCCCAUGGGUCCGGCUGCCAUCCCUAGUCGCUCUCGGCUUUAUAAGGGCGGCCGCUCCUCAGGCCCCCCAUCUAACCAUAUCCGCCGUCUCCUCGUCAUCGCGGCAUCAGAUCCCAUCCUCGUCUUCGCGGCACCCUUCGCCAUGGGCAAGAUUAAGAUCGGAAUCAACGGUUUCGGAAGGAUCGGCAGGCUCGUGGCCCGUGUCGCCCUCCAGAGCGAGGAUGUCGAGCUCGUCGCCGUCAACGACCCCUUCAUCACCACCGACUACAUGACCUACAUGUUCAAGUACGACACCGUGCACGGCCACUGGAAGCACAGUGACAUCAAGCUCAAGGACUCCAAGACCCUUCUAUUCGGUGAGAAGCCGGUCACCGUCUUCGGCAUGAGGAACCCCGAAGAGAUCCCGUGGGGUGAGGCUGGGGCUGACUAUGUUGUGGAGUCCACCGGUGUCUUCACUGACAAGGAGAAGGCUGCGGCUCACUUGAAGGGUGGUGCCAAGAAGGUUAUUAUCUCUGCUCCAAGCAAAGAUGCACCUAUGUUUGUUGUUGGUGUCAAUGAGGACAAGUACACCUCAGAUAUUAACAUUGUCUCCAAUGCUAGCUGCACCACAAAUUGCCUUGCUCCCCUCGCGAAGGUCAUCAAUGACAACUUUGGUAUCAUCGAGGGUCUGAUGACAACUGUUCAUGCCAUCACUGCCACCCAGAAGACCGUUGAUGGGCCAUCAGCCAAGGACUGGAGAGGUGGCAGGGCUGCUAGCUUCAACAUCAUUCCCAGCAGCACCGGUGCUGCCAAGGCUGUCGGUAAGGUUCUUCCUGAAUUGAACGGCAAGCUCACUGGUAUGUCCUUCCGAGUUCCGACAGUGGAUGUCUCUGUUGUUGACCUCACCGUUAGACUUGAGAAGGCUGCCUCGUAUGAGGACAUCAAGAAGGCUAUCAAGGCUGCCUCUGAGGGGCCUCUCAAGGGUAUUAUGGGAUACACAGAGGAGGAUUUGGUUUCCACCGACUUCACUGGUGACAGCAGGUCGAGCAUCUUUGACGCCAAGGCUGGAAUCGCUCUGAACGAGCACUUCGUCAAGCUCGUCUCCUGGUACGACAACGAGUGGGGCUACAGCAACCGCGUCGUCGACCUGAUCCGCCACAUAUUCAAGACCCAGUAGAGCGUUUCGUAGUGAUGGUUCCCAUGGGCUUUCUGGUCGUGGACCAGCCUGCUGCUUGUCUAUGCAGAGAAUAAAUGUGAAAGGCGCCCUCCUUACGCCAGGAUUCAUGCUAAGUUGGGACAUGAGUUGCCUUUUGUUUUUCCUAUCUGCCACCUUCCUGUAACGAAGUUGCUAUUAUGGACCUGAGUUUAGUUUUUGCUUGUGAAGAAUAUAAACAGGGGGGUUGUAAUUUUGCUGUGUUGGUCGGUUUGUUGAAUAGAUGAGUUUUUGUGUUUGGUGAUUACA